AUGAGUAUUAUGAUCUCCUCAAGAAUGGUGGGACGAGUGCAUUGCAUGGUUUAUGUCGUGGUCUUGAGUGCCAUCGCGGCUACAGUGACAGCAUAUCCUUACUCCUCCCCUCAAACACCCCAAUACAGUUCUCCGGUUUACAAACACGAAUCACCUUAUUCAUCACCUAAAAAGUAUUCUCCAUACUAUUCGGCAUCACCUCCAACUCCACUACAAUAUAGAAGACAAGGUCCUAAGCACACCCCACAUUCGAAACCAUAUGUUUACACAUCUCCACCACCACCGACUUACUACUCCCCUUCUCCUAAAGUAGACUACAAGUCGCCACCUCCACCAUACGUCUACAGCUCCCCACCACCACCUUAUUACUCUCCUUCCCCAAAGGUUGAUUACAAGUCUCCACCUCCCCCAUACGUCUACAGCUCCCCACCACCACCUUAUUACUCUCCAUCCCCAAAGGUCGACUACAAGUCUCCACCUCCACCAUACGUCUACAGCUCUCCUCCACCACCUUAUUACUCUCCUUCCCCAAAGGUUGAUUACAAGUCUCCACCUCCACCAUAUGUCUACAGUUCCCCACCGCCACCAUAUUACUCUCCAUCUCCAAAGGUCAACUACAAGUCUCCACCUCCACCAUACGUGUACAGCUCCCCACCACCACCUUAUUACUCUCCAUCCCCAAAGGUCGACUACAAGUCCCCACCUCCACCAUACGUCUAUAGCUCCCCACCACCACCUUAUUACUCUCCUUCUCCUAAGGUCAACUACAAGUCUCUACCUCCCCCAUACGUCUACAGCUCCCCACCACCACCUUAUUACUCUCCUUCUCCUAAGGUCGACUACAAGUCUCCAUCUCCACCAUAUGUCCCAAAGACACCUUACUAUUGAAUUGGUUUAUAACCUUGCAUGGUUGCAAUAAUUAUUUUCUUAUUGAUUUUGUCCCUUGUUACACCCUUUUUCUUAUAUUGUUAU